UUUACCGUGUGGGAGCGGGACCGGCUCCAGUGGCCCCCCAGAGCUGGAACCGUGAGCAACACGUCGACAACAGACAAAACAGACACACACAAACGCUAAGAGAGGAGAACGUCCAACAAAGUCAAGAAAAAGAGAAGUCGAGAUUUGGUCGAUUUUGAAGGAGCUUCAAAAUCUACUACCCCGACCACAUCACCCCAAUCAGAAAAGAGGAGAAAGCUCAACAACAACAACAACAACCGACAUUUUUUUUUUUCGUCCAGUUUCUACGUCCGUUGUGGCCGGGAAAAAUUGAGAGGUUCUCCCCAACCACCACUACUGGCAACUGGAAAAAAAAAUUUGAUUUUGCGGGUGAAACAGAAAGAAGAAAAUCCAGCAGCUCCGAGUUUCAUUGGAAAACAAAAAAAAAGAAGAAAAUUUUUUUGUCAUUUUUUGUGUGUUCCGGUUUGACGACAACAACAACAACAACAACAACAUCAACAGCAGCAGCAAGCAAAAAAAUUGGAGGAAAUGUCUCAGCGGUCAAUAGUGCCGGCCGAGAAGCAGCAGCAGGUCCUGCUGUCCCAGCAGCGGACGAUGGAGCAGCGCUCGUCGGCCUCGACCACGACCGUCCGUGAAUCGCACACCCGCGGCCAGGAGACCCGCGUCGCUCAACAGACGUUCACGUCCCAACAGCAAAGCUCCAACACGACUCACAGAGUCCAAGGUGCCAUGCUGCAGCAGGGCCAUCAGAUCCAGCAGCAGGGACAUCAACAACAGCAGAUGAUAAUGAGCAGUGGCAGACCGUCGAUGGUCAUGGACGGCUCGCCACCAGUCUUUGAGCAAAUCUUUCGUAAUGCCCGUUUCGCUCAGGGGGGCGAUGCCUUUUUCGAAGGCAAAGUGACCGGCAAUCCCCGGCCAGAACUCUCGUGGACCCGCGAAGGCCAGCCACUCUCUUCGGGUGGCAAAUAUCAGAUGCAAUACGAGGCGACAUCGGGCAAAGUCUCUCUACUCAUCACUCACAUCGGGCCGGGUGACGAAGGCGAGUACACUUGCACGGCCGUCAACAAAUUCGGCGAGGCCAUCUGCACCGUCUACAUCCAGCCGGAAGGGCUCAACUUCCCGCAGCAUUUGCCCGACAUCCACGAGCGCAGCGCCCACACGGAGCUGCUCUCCUACCAGACGAAUGGCAAUCAAGUCCAGCAGCAGGAGCUCUACGACGUGGACUUUAAGGUGGACACGUUCGAGUACCGGUUACUGCGCGAGGUGGAAUUCCGCGAGUCGCUCACCCGCCGCUCCCAGCUGGACCUGCAGACGGAGACGGAGACGGAAACGGAGACGGACUUUGAGCAGCUGACGACGCCGCUGGCCCCGCCCCAGCUGGUCCAGCAGCCGCGCAACACCAAGCUGCUUCAGGGCUCGGACGCCACGUUCCAGGCCAAGCUCCAGGGCAACCCCAAGCCCAAAUUGACGUGGUUCAUGAACGGCGCCCGGCUCAACCCGUCGCCCCGCCACCAGCUGACCCACAGCAACCACCUGGCCACGCUCAAGAUCCGCUCGGUCCAGCCGCAAGAUGCUGGCCACUACACGCUCUUCGCCGAGAACGCGGCCGGAUGCAUCGUCUCGACCGCCUUCUUGGCCGUCGAGCCGUCCGGCGCUAGCAACGGAUUCUCGCCCGUCGCUGAUAAGCGGGCACAGUCCCGUCCGGCCGCCGCCCCGGCCUUCAGCGAACCCACCGCCGCCAAAGUGGCCCGCACCGUUUCCCAGCAGCAGGAGCGCCCGGCCAACAUCAACAACGACGCCGUCGUCAUGGAAACGGGAGAGCCCAGCGGUAAGGCCCUGCCGCCCCAAUUCGUCCGCGUACCGGCCGAUCAAGAAGUGGGCGAGGGCAAGAUGGUCCGCUUCGACUGCCGCAUCACCGGCCGCCCUUACCCGGACGUUUUGUGGUACCUCAACGGCCGCCAGAUCCUGGACGACGCCACCCACAAGAUUUUGGUCAACGAGUCCGGCAACCACGCCCUGAUGAUCACCGGGGCCGGCCUCGGCGACUCUGGAGUCAUCCAGUGCGUGGCCCGCAACAAGGGAGGCGAGGCCAGCUUCCAAGUCCGGCUGUCCGUCAUCGAGCGGGAACAAGUGGUCGCCCCCAAAUUCGUCGAGAGAUUCACGACGAUCCACGUCAAGGAGGGCGAGCCCGUCAGCCUCCACGCCCGGGCCAUCGGCACGCCCAUCCCCAAGCUCACCUGGCAAAAGGAUAGCGUCCCAGUCAGCUCGGCCGGACCUGAAUUGUCCAUCACCAACGAGGGAGGAUACAGCGCCCUGGAAAUUCCCUGCGUCCGUCUCAUGGACGCCGGAUGGUACCAGUGCACGGCCCAGAAUGCGGCCGGCUCGACGGCCACACGAGCCCGUCUCUUUGUCGACCAGCAGAAGCUCUCAUCUGGCCAGCCCAAAGCCAUGAGAUUCCCCAAGCCGACUAAAGUCAUCCAGCCGCAGGCUGAGCCGGAGCCCGAAGUCAUUUAUUUGCGCCAUGUUGAGCGCGCCCGGCCUCAGGCACCCCGUCGUGAAGAAGAAGAACGCGUUUACGAGGCGCCCAUUUUUAUCCUGCCAUUGAAAGAUGUGAAUUUAGCCGAAGGGCAACGAGCCUAUUUCGAGGCCAAAGUGAACCCGGCCGGCGACCCCAACAUGCGCGUUGAUUGGUUCAUUGAUGGCAAGCCAUUGGCGGCCAGCUCGCGCGUUACCGUCACUUACCGUUUCGGCUACAUUUCUUUGCUGCUGAUUGGAGUCAUCCGCGAGGACAGCGGAGUCUACACUUGCCGCGUCAGCAACGAGGCCGGCUACGCCGACUCUAGCGCCACCAUGAUUGUCGGCCCGCGGGCCACCAUCGAGUCGACUUCCCAGCAUCCCGAAUCGCUGGAGCAGAUCCAAAUGUUGGAGGAUUAUUCGCGCUACCAGCGCAACACCUCGGUCGAGGAGACCCUGUCCGGCUCCCGGCCCGUCUUUGUCAAGCCGCUGCACGAUCUCGGCCUGAUGAACGAGGGCGCCUAUGCCCAUUUCGAGGCCCAGAUCCAGCCCGUCAGCGACCCCUACAUGAGGAUCGAGUGGUACAAGGACGGCCGAUCCAUUACAGCCAGCUCUCGCAUCACCACCAUCUACAACUUUGGUUAUGUGGCAUUAAACAUAAUGCAUCUGCGUUCCGAAGACGCUGGAAUGUACACGGUGAAGGCCAUCAAUCGCCAGGGAGAGGCCGUCAGUCAGGCGGCCAUCCAAGUGGCCAGCCGCGGCACUGUCACCGGUGACCUGGGCAUCCCAGAACAGCAGCGCUACAUCGAGCGCAUUGAGGAAUUGGAAGCCUAUCAACUGUCGCUGGCCCAGCGCGGCCAGCCGGAGCCCAUCGAGGCCACGUCGCCGCCCGAGUUCAAGUCGCCCAUCAAAGAUCAACUGGAAAUUCGUGAGGGAGGCUUUGCUCACUUUGAAGCUCGUCUUGAACCCAUCGGCGAUCCAAAACUGACAGUUCACUGGUUUAAAGAUGGCAAACCGCUGGAGGCCAGUUCGCGCAUCACCAACUUUUUUAAUUUCGGCUACGUGGCGCUGACGAUCAAAUUCAUCACGAUCCACGACCGCGGUGUGUACACGUGCGUGGCCCGCAACGCCCUGGGCGAGGCCACCACGGCCGCCAAGCUGAGCGUCAUCUCCAAGCAGGACAUUCUGCUGGAUUCGCAGCACCCCGAGGGCCUGGAGAAGAUCCGCUACCUGGAGGAUGACUCGCGCUACGCCCGCAAGGAGGAGACCACCACCUCGGUCACCAUCAAGCCGCGCUUCCUCGGACCGCUCAAGGGCACCAACAAGAUCGUCGAGGGCCAGAAGGCCCACUUUGAGAUCCGCCUGGAACCGCAAAACGACUCGACCCUGCGCGUCGAGUGGUACUUUAACGGCAAAGUCCUCAUGCAGGCGAGUCGCAUCCAUUUGUUCCACGACUUUGGAUAUGUGGCACUGGACAUUUUGGACGUGCGCUCCGAGGACGCUGGAACCUACACGGUGGUUGCCCGCAACGCCCUGGGUGAGGCCCAGUCGGAAACUACCAUGAUUGUGGAGACCCGCAGCAGCAUCGACACCACCUCGAUGCAUCGUGUUGCCUAUGACAAGGCCCAGCGCCUGGAAGAAUCCAAGUUCCAGGAGCCGCAAUAUGACAUUGAAGAAAUCUCUAAAUCGCGUCCCAUCUUCGUGAUCCCGCUGAGCGAUCCGCAUCCAGUCAACGAAGGCAACAACGUCCACCUGGAGUGCCGACUGGAACCGAUGGGCGACCCGACGAUGCGUGUCGAGUGGCACUUUAACGGCAAGCCCAUCACGGUGGGCUCCCGCUUCAAGUCGUACUUUGAUUUCGGCUUCGUGGCCCUGGACGUGAUUGGCGUGACGGCCCUGGACUCUGGCGAGUACACGGUCCGCGCCACCAACCACCUGGGCACGGCCCACACGUCGGCCUGCGUCCGCGUCAUCAACCGCUCGGACAUCCUGACGGAAACGCAGCACGAAGGCGCCUGGGAGCAGAUCCAGAUGCUGGAGGACUCCUCGCGCUACAGCCGGAAGCAGGUGGAGGAGAUGUCGGUCGAGCAGAUUCCGCUCUUCACCAAGCCGCUGCACAACAUUGAGACGGUCGAGGGCACCAACAUCCACCUGGAAUGCCGUCUGAUUCCGGUCGGAGACUCUUCCAUGCGCAUCGACUGGCUGGUCAACGGACAGCCCAUCCGCACUGGGCACCGCUUCCGCCCGGCUUUCGAUUUCGACUACGUGGCCCUGGACAUCCUCAGCGUCUACCCGGAAGACUCCGGCGUCUACACCUGCCGCGCUUACAACAAGCUGGGAGAGGCCGUCACCUCGUCGAGCGUCCGCGUCGUCGCCAAGUCGCAGCUCAUCCUCGAGUCUCAGCACCCCGGAGGGCUGGAAAAGAUCCAGUACCUGGAAGACGCUUCGCGCUACAAGCGUCGCGAGGACAUUGACGAGAUCGUGGCCAUCCGCCCACGCUUCCUGUCCAAGCCCAAACCGCUGGAGGGGCUCCGCGAGGGCCAGAACGCCCAUUUCGAAUGCAAACUGGAGCCCGUCCAGGAUCCCAACCUGAAAGUCGAGUGGUUCAAGAACAACUGCCCCGUGACGAUUGGCAGCCGCUUCCGGCCCAUCCACGAUUUUGGCUAUGUCGCCCUGGACAUCAUCGGCCUCAUCGCCGAGGACUCGGGCGUCUACACUUGCCGGGCUCAGAACGCCGUUGGUGUCGACGAGACGUCGGCCAACUUGUCGUGCAAGUCGUCGAAGCAGAUCGUGACGGACGCCCAGCGCGACAACAUGGGCAUGGACAAGCUGCAGUACCUGGAGGACAAGUCGAAAUACCACCGGGUCGAAGAAUCUGAAGAAAUCUGCACUCAGGCGCCGGUCUUUACGACGUCGCUGAAAACGAUCGAGAUCAAGGAAGGCCAGCGGGCCCAUUUCGAGUGCCGUUUGAUUCCCGUCUCGGAUCCCACCAUGAGGAUCGAGUGGUUCCAGAACAACAUGCCGCUCAAGUCCGGCUCCCGCUUCAUGGAGACCAACAGCUUCGGCUUUGUCGCCCUGGACAUUAUGUACUCGUACCCGGAAGACGCCGGCACUUACACCUGCCGGGCCUCCAACGCCCUGGGCCAGGCCGUCACUUCGUGCCAGUUGAGCGUCCACUCUAAGAAAUCCAUCGUCCGCGAGACCCAGAAUCAGACGGCCUUGAGCCAGAUUCAGUACCUGGAAGACGCUUCCCGCCAACAGCGCCCGUCCGACGUGGAGGAUUCCACCACCCAGGCCCCGAUGUUCACCCAGCCGAUGAAGAAUUUGACUUUGAAGGAGAACCAAUCGGCCCAUUUCGAGGCCCGUCUCAUCCCAGUCGGCGACUCUCGCCUCCGGGUGGAAUGGUUCAAGAACGGCGUGCCGCUCCAGGACGCCAACCGGAUUUCGACUUUGAACGAUUUUGGAUUCGUCGCCUUGGACUUGAAGUACGUCCGCCCGGAUGAUUCGGGUACCUACUCUUGCCGGGCCACCAACGAGCUGGGCCAGGCCGUCACUUCGGCCACCCUGAUUGUCCAGUCGAGAGACACGAUGGUCGUCACGGAAACCCAACACCAGACGGCCCUGGACAAGCUCCAGUACCUGGAAGAUUCUUCGCGCUACCAGCGCCAGGUGGAAGAGGAUUCGGUCGUGACGGACAAGCCCAGGUUUGUGGCUCCGCUCAACGGGCCGACCAAACUGGUCGAGGGCCAGAACACGCACUUCGAGUGCCGGAUCGAACCUUACCCCGAUCCCAGCAUGAAGGUGGAAUGGUUCCACAACGGCAAGGCCUUGUCGACUGGCCAUCGCUUCCGCACCGUUCACGACUUUGGGUUCGCCGCCCUGGACAUCCUCAGCGUCUACCCGGAAGAUUCCGGCGAGUACACGAUCAAGGCCACCAACAAGCUGGGCACGUGCACCUCGACGCUCAACAUCGAAGUCUCGUCCAGGUCCGGCCUGGUGACGGAAUCUCAGCACCAGGCGGCCCUGGAGAAGAUCCUCUACCUGGAAGACGGUUCCCGCCACCGACGCGUCGACGAAGUCGAUUCGGCCAUGACGGACAAGCCGUCGUUCGGCCGUCCGCUGCGCAAUUUGAACCUGGCCGAGGGCCAGUCUGCCCACCUGGAAGCCACUCUGGUGCCCGUCAACGACCCGACCAUGCGAGUUGAGUGGUACCACAACGGCCGGCCCAUCUCGCAGGGCCAUCGCUUCCGCACCACCUACGAUUUUGGCUUUGUCGCCCUGGACAUCCUGUACGCCUACGCCGAGGAUUCCGGCACUUACAUGUGCAAGGCCAUCAACGCCAAUGGCGAAACGGUCACCACUUGCUCGGUGACGGUCGAAGGAAAGGCCGGCCUCGUCCUGGACACCCUGGACCAGCAGCGCUUGACCAAGAUCAACGAGCUGGAGGCCUACACCCGCCCAGCCAAGGAGGACGUUGAGCAGGAGAUGCAGCGGCCCAUUUUCACGACUCCGCUCCAGAACCUGGAGAACAUGAAGGAGGGAGACCACGCCCACCUCGAGUGCCGCCUGGAACCCAUCAACGACCCCAAGAUGCGGGUCGAGUGGUACGUCAACGGCAUGGCCAUCCGCACCGGCCAUCGCUUCCGGGCCACUCACGACUUUGGCUACGUGGCCCUGGACGUCCUCUACACCUACCCGGAGGACACUGGAACUUACAUGUGCAAGGCCAUUAACGCCCUGGGCGAGGCCGUCAACACCUGCACCAUCCAGGUGGCGUCGCGCAAGUCCAUCUACCUGGACUCUCAACACCCCGAAGGCUGGGAGAAGAUCCGAGCCCUGGAAUCGCACACGACCAGCCGCCCGGAAGAGGUGGAAGAGCCGGCCGGCCCUCCCCGCUUCAUCACGGAGCUCCAGGGCACCACCAAACUCCAGGAGGGUCAGACGGCCCAUUUGGAGUGCCGAGUCGAGCCCGUCCGCGACCCCAAGCUCCGGGUGGAAGUGUUCCACAACGGCAAGCCGCUCCAGUCGGCCUCUCGCUACCACGUCACCUGCGACUUUGGCUACAUCGCACUGGACAUUAAGCACGUCCUGCCGGAAGACGGAGGCAAGUACACGGUCAAGGUGGUCAACGAUUUCGGCGAGUGCAGCUCGUCGAUCGACAUCCAGGUGGAGGGCCGCAGCGGCCUCAUCCUGGAAUCUCAACACCCGCAGGGCCUGGACAAGAUCCGCGAGCUGGAAGACGCCAACCGCUUCCGCAAGGAGAUCAACCUGGAACCGGUGCCCUUCCAGCGCCCGGUCUUCACCGCCCCGCUCCAGAACCUGGAGGGACUCCUGGAAAGCGCCAACGCCCACCUGGAGUGCCGUCUGAUCCCCGUCGGCGAUCCGUCGCUCAAGGUGGAAUGGUUCCGCAACAACCUGCCCCUGGAGGACUCGUCCAGGAUCCAAAAGACCCACGACUUUGGCUACGUCGCCCUGGACAUUUCCCACAUCCGCGACGAGGACCAGGGCAUUUACAUGUGCCGGGCCACCAAUUCGCUGGGCGAGGCCGUCACCACGGCUUCGGUCAAGAUCCUCUCCAAGGCCAGCAUCAUGCUGGAGAGCCAACAUCCGGAAGGCAUGCGCAAGAUCCGCGAGCUGGAGGAAGGCAAAGCCCCGCAGCGCGGGCCGGAGCUGGACAACGUUUUCGAGAAGCCCGUCUUCACCACCUGCCUGACUGGGCCGGCCGAGCUCCUGGAGGGUCAGAACGCCCAUUUCGAGUGCCGAGUCGUGCCCGUCGGCGAUCCUUCGCUCCACUUUGAGUGGUACGUCAACGGCGUCGAGCUCAAGAUGGGCAGCCGCUUCCGGGUCACUCACGACUUUGGCUACGUCACCCUGGACGUCAGCUCGGUCAUUCCGGAAGAUUCCGGCGUCUACAUGUGCAAGGCCAUCAACAAGGCCGGCGAGGCCGUUUCCACCACGGCCAUGAAAGUCCGACCCAGGGGCAGCAUCCUGGGCGACGCCGUCCAGCCGCAAGCCUGGCAGAAGAUCCAGCUGAAGGAGACGGAAUUGAAUCGGGCACCGACCACCUACGACGACGCCCCCAUGUCGGAAGCUCCUCGUUUCAUCAAGAACUUGGUCAACCAGGAGCUGCUGGCCGAGGGCCAGAACCUUCACCUGGAAGCCCAGGUGGAGCCCAGGAGCGAUCCCAACUUGCGAGUGGAAUGGUACCACAACGGAGUCCAGCUGAUGACCGGCUCGCGCAUCCGCAGCACUUUCGACUUUGGUCUUGUCUCCCUGGACAUGCACGGACUCCGGGCCGACGAUUCGGGCAUUUACGUCUGCAAGGCCGUCAACAAACUUGGCGAGGCCGUUUCGACCUGCACCAUCCGAGUGGAAGCCCACGGCUGGCUGCUGGGCCAGGCUUUGCGCCCAGAGGCCCUGGCCAAGAUUGCCGCCCUGGAAGAGCAGCAGGUCCGCGAGAUGGUGGAGCAGGAGGCGGACUUUGAGUCGCCCGUCUUCAUCACCCAUUUGAACAACGUCGAGUGCCGCGAAGGCGAGACGGCCCACUUUGAGUGCCGAGUGCAGCCCAGCAAGGACCCGACCAUGAAGAUCGAGUGGUUCGUCAACGGCAAACUCUUGCCCGUCGCUUCCCGCUUCAACGCCACCUACGACUUUGGCUACGUCUCCCUGGACAUCACCCACGUCUACGCCGAAGAUUCUGGCGUCUACACCUGCCGGGCCCAGAACGCCAAGGGCCAGGCCGUCUCGACCGGCACCCUGCGCUGCACUAGCAAGGAGAAUAUCUACCUGGACACUCAGCACCCGCAGGGCAAGGCCGGUCUGGAGGCCGUCCACGAAGCCGAGCAGGCCUACUACAACAAGUACCAGCGGCAGUCGUCCGCUCCGGAGGCCAGCUUCCCCAAGCCGCUGUUCAUCAUCCCGCUGCCUGAGAAGUUCUCGCCGGCCGAGGGCCAGCCGCUGCACAUGGAGUGUCACGUUGAGCCGAAACAGGACCCCAAACUGCGCGUCGAGUGGUUCUUCAAUGGCAAACUGCUGGACCACGGCUCCCGCUUCAAGAUGACCAACGACUUUGGCUUCAUCUCGCUGGACCUGUCGGACGUCUACUCGAGAGACCAGGGCGUCUACACUUGCCGGGCCACCAACGCGGCCGGCGAGGCCUUCACCACCACCACCGUCUACUGCCAGGGCAAGGAGGGCCUCAUCGAGGACACCCAACAUCCCAAAGGAGAGGCCGGCCUGGAGCAGAUCCAGCGCUUGGAGGACUCCCUCCUGCCGUCCAGGGGACUCGGCGAGGCCGACGAGGACGGCAAGGCGCCCGUCUUCACUUCCCAGUUCCAGAACGUCACCAACUUGCUGGAGGGCGACAUUGCCCACUUCGAGGCCACCCUGACGCCCAUCGGCGACCAGACCAUGACCGUCGAGUGGUUCUACAACGGACAAUCGCUCAAGCUGGGCCACCGGGAACGCACCGUCCACGCCUUUGGCAUGGUCGUCCUGGAAAUCAUCGGCACCAAGGUCGAAGAUUCCGGCAUCUACACCUGCAGAGCUACCAACAAAUGGGGUGUGGCCGAGAUCAGCGUGACUCUGGAAUGCGUCGACAUGUCCAGCGGCCAGAAACCGGAAUUUACAUCGCAAAUCCAGAGCCUGGAAGGAUUAAAGGACGGCCAAUCUGCCCAUUUCGAAUGCACUUUGGUGCCCGUCGGAGAUCCUAACCUCAAGGUUGAAUGGUUCGUUAACGGCCAGCCGCUGCGCCAUUCUUCGCGCAUCAAGACGGUGUCGGACUUUGGUUUCGUCGUGCUGGACAUCGCCUACGUACAGUCCCACGAUUCCGGCGAGUACAUUUGCAAGGCCAGCAACAAGUUUGGCGAAGAUUUCACCCGGGCCACUUUGCGCUGCGUCGGCAAGGGAGGCGUCUACUCGGACUCUCUCCAGCCGGACUCGCUGGCCAAGAUCAGGGCCCUGGAAGACCAAUCGAUCCACGAACAAGCCCCGAUGGCCGCCGCCUCUGAGGCCCCCAAAUUCGUCACCCAACUGACGGACGUUGCCCGUCUGGUGGAGGGACAAAGCGCCCACUUCGAGGCCCGUCUGACGCCCGUCAACGACCCGCUCCUGAUGGUCGAGUGGUACUGCAACGGCACCAAACUGCCGACGGGCCACCGAUUCCGCACCUUCCACGACUUUGGCAUCGUCAUCCUGGACAUCCUCUACUGUUACGAGGAGGAUUGCGGCGUCUACGAGUGCCGGGCCGUCAACCAGAUGGGCCAGGACAGCACCCGGGCUACCCUCAAGUGCCUGUCCAAGGCCAGCCUCAUCCUCGACUCGCAGUUGCCCAAGGGAAUGGACUCGCUGCAGAAGAUCCAGUCGCUGGAGGACAAGGAGCGCUACGACGGGGCUGUCGAAGAGGUCCGCCGCCAGGCGCCCGUCUUCACCGUCCCACUCAACAACGUGGCCGGACUUCGGGAAGGAGAGAAUUCCCACUUCGAGGGCCGUUUGACUCCCACGGACGAUCCAAAACUCAAGGUCGAAUGGUUCUUCAACGGCAAACCUCUGAAGACGGGCUCUCGCAUCCGCACGUUCAGCGAUUUCGGCUUCGUCAUCUUGGAGAUCUCGCCCGUCUACCCAGAGGAUUCCGGCGAGUACUCUUGCCGGGCCACCAACGACUACGGCGAGGCCGUCACUUCGGCCUCGCUCAAAUGCCAAGGCAAGCGUAACGUCAUUUUCGAGUCCCAGCUGCCCAAGGGCAUGGAACGGACCAUCGAGCGCAUCGCCGAAUUGGAAGGACUGGGCGGACGUCCGGCCGACCAAGCGGCCGAAACUGACACCGGCAAACCGCCCGAGUUUUUGAGCCAGCCGGGCGAUCUCCUCCUACCGGAGAACGGGCUGGCCCACUUUGAAACGAAAUUGACUCCGGUGGGCGAUCCCAGCCUGCGGGUCGAGUGGUUCCACAACGGCAAGGCACUGCUGGCCGGCUCCCGUGUCAAGACCAUUUCCGACUUUGGCUUCGUCAUCCUGGAGGUGACGGGCGUCUACUCCCGCGACGCCGGCCUCUACACGUGCAAGGCCAGCAACAAGCACGGCGAGGCCUCUGUCUCGUGCACUCUGCAGGUCAAGGGCCGUCAGGGCAUCGUCCUGGAGCCGCAACUGCCGCAGAGCUUCAAGAGCGGCACCCAGGCCAUCCAGAAGUUGGAGGAGAACCUCUACAAGAGGGACGAGCCAGCCGCGGCGGCCGACGAGCAGCCCAACCCGCCCAAGUUCGUCAGCGAGAUCAAGGACCUGGACCUGGUCGAGGGCCAGGCGGCCCAUUUCGACUGCCGGGUCGAGCCAGUCGGCGACGCUUCGAUGCGGAUCGAGUGGUUCCACAACGGGCGCCCGCUUGGCUCUGGCUCGCGCAUCCGCAUGCUGGACGAUUUCGGCUUCGUGGUCCUGGACAUUGACUGGACCUUCCCGCGCGACGCCGGCGAGUACGUCUGCCGGGCCACCAACCGCUGGGGCUCGGCCACCACCAAGGCCAAACUGGUCACCAAGGGCAAGCGAGGCGUCAACACGGACUCGCAGCUGCCGCAGGGCAUGACGGGCGAGAAGCUCCGAGACUUGGAGCGCGGCCCGGUCGUCGAGCGCUUCCAGGAGGACACGCCAGAAGUGGCGCCUCAUUUCACCCAGCAGGUGACGGAAGUGUCGAUGGAAGAAGGUGACAAUGCCCAUUUCGAGUGCCGGGUGGAGCCCAAGACGGACGCCAACCUGCGGGUCGAGUGGUACCACAACGGUAAGCUCCUGCAGAGCGGCCAUCGUUUCCGCACCGUUUUUGAGCUGGGCUUCGUCUCCCUGGACAUUCUGUACGCCUAUCCGGAAGACGCCGGCGAGUACAUGUGCCGAGCCUUUAACCGCAAAGGCGAGGCCACCACCAAGGCCAGCCUCACCUGCAAAAGUGUUCCGGCCAUCAUCAUGCAGAACCAGAUGCCCCGCGGCAUGAAGAAAUCUGAGACGCUGCUCCAGAUGGAAGCGGCCUUGAAGAAAUACACGUCCGAGAUCUUCCUGACGGAGGACGACAUCUACGACGCCGACAAGCGCCAGCCGCCGCGCUUCGUGACUCAGAUCAAGGACAUGCUGGAGCUCAAGGAGAUGGAGAUGACCAAGUUCGAGUGCCAGCUGGCCCCGGUUGGCGACCCCAACAUGCGGGUUGAAUGGUUCUUCAACGGCAAGCCGCUGGCCUACAAGACCCGCUUCACGCCCAUCUACGACUUUGGCUACGUGGCCAUGAAUUUCGGCUGGGUCUACCCGGAGGAUUCCGGCGAGUACGUCUGCCGGGCCACCAACAAGUACGGCAUGGACGAGACCAGGGCCUUCAUCAAGACGACGGGCAGCAAGGGCAUCAUUUACGAUUCUCAGUUGCCCAAGGGCAUGCAGAGCGUGGAAAUGAUCCGCGAAAUGGAGGCUUCCUGGCAGAGAAUGCCGGACGAGAGGGCUGAAGCCGAGGUGCUAAAGGAGAAGCCCGUCUUCGUCCUCCAGCCCAAGAACGUCCAGGUGAUGGAAGGCGAAUGGGCCCGUUUCUGCUGCCGAGUCACCGGCUACCCUCGCCCCAGGGUGAUGUGGAUCCUGAACGGACACACUGUCAUCAAUGGCACUCGAAACAAGUUGACGUACGACGGCAUGUGGCACCUGGACAUCCCCAAGACGCGCCAAUACGACGACGGCAAACUGGAAGUGGUGGCCCGCAACUCGCAGGGAUCGGCCAGCUGCGUCGUGGAGCUCAAAGUCACGGCCCGCAACGACGACCACCGCGGCGUCCUCAAGAAUUCACCCAAACAAUACAAGGACACGCCCACGUACCGCAAGCCGGAAUGGGUGACCAAGAUGGAGAUCGUCCGCGCCCAAAUGCUAGAGUCGAUCCAGCCUCCGCAAUUCACGACGGAGAUUGUCGACGCUCGAGUUCAAGAAGGCGAAGAGGCCAAAUUUGAGUGCCACUACGCCGGAAAUCCUAAACCAGAUAUCUGUUGGUAUUUCAACAACAAACUGCUCAACCCCAACCCGAACAUCAAGAUCCGCAUCACGGACAGCACGACUUCGUGCACUUUCCUCGAAGUCGACCAAGACCUGGAGGGCGAGUACAUGUGCAAAGCCACCAGCAAUUCCGGAAGUCACGUGACUAAAGCUCGUCUUCACGUUCACGAAUUGACUGGCGAGGCCAAGAAGAUUUGGAUGGCCAAAAAGGCUAAAGUGGAGGAGGAAAAGGUUCGCGUCAAGAAAGAGAAGGAGGAUAAAAAGCACAAGAAAGAUAAGGGCGCUAAGCUCACCAAGGAGGAAUACCUGAAACAGGCCAUGCACGAAAAAGAAUUGGCCAAGGCGGAAGAAGCUAAGAAGUUGGCAGCUGUCGAAGAGGCCAAAUUGGCCAAAGAGGAAGCCGAGAAGCAACCGAAACCUGAAGUGAAAAUCAACAAAGCCAAAGCUCAACGGGAAGCCAUGAUCGAGGAAGGACUCAGCAAAUUCGUGGAGUCUCAAGCCCUGGGUCUCAAAGCCCUGCUGGAGAUGACCGAAAGGAAAUCGCUCAACGUCACCGAAGUGGUGGCCCAGGACAAGGCCAAAGAAUUCGUUCCCGACGAGGCUCCAUUCAAGGAAUUCGUCCAGAUUGAAACGAUGCUCAAAUCGGGCGUGACCGUCGAUCAGAUCGUCACGCUCGGCGCCCUGGGCAAUCUACCCACUCUGACGGCCCCCGAAACCCAGAAGGCUCUUGUCCGUCUGGUGGAGGAUCAAGGAUUCCGGGCCGUUGUCCUUCAGGGCAUCGUUAAAGAGGUGGCCCGACUGGCUCCUGAGGAGCCCAUCGGCAUGAAGGCCGUCCUGAAAGCCAUCGAGACCAAGAGCGCCAACAUGGAGGACAUUGUGGUGAUGGCGACGCAUCCGGAAGAGUUCAACUUGGAAGCCCAUCCGGUGCCGGAGAUGGCGACAGUCUCGACUUUGUUGAACGAGGGCAUCUCCUGCGAGGAGAUGUUGACCAUCGUCAAAGCCGGAGAGCUGCCGGCCUUGAACCUACCGGAAAAUCAAUGGGCCUUGGUCCAGAUUAUGGACAAGCUCGGCCAGACGGCCAUCAUCUCACAAGUAAUCGUCGAGGAGCCGGCCCUCAACCUGCCCGCCGAAAUCAACGAAAUCCCGCAGACGGUGGAGGAGAGGCUCGACAAAUUCGUGACCAAUCAAUCCAUCGGAUUGAGGGCCCUGAUCGACCUCUCCAUUCAGGAGUCGAUCAACGUCAGCGAAAUGGCCACUCUCGACAGGGUCCAGGAGUUCCCGCCGGACCAAGCGCCUUUCCAGGAAUUCGUCAACAUCGACACCAUGCUCAAAUCUGGCGUCAAAGUCGACCAGAUUGUGGCCCUGGGCUCAACCGGAAAUCUCCCCGUUUUGACCGCGCCAGAGACCCAAAAGGCCCUGGUUCGAAUCGUCGAAGAUCACGGCUCUAGGGCCAUCGUUCGCGAGAUUACCGUGAAAGAAGCCGCUAAACUGUUGCCGGAAGAGGCGAUCGGCCUAAAGGCAGUGCUCAAGGCGGUCAAGACCAAAAAGGCCGACAUCAAAAACAUCGUCGAAAUGGCCAUCCACCCGGAGGAAUUCGGUUUGGAGGCCACUCCGGUGCCCGAAAUGGCCAGCGUGUCGACUCUGCUUCACGAGGGCAUCUCCUGCGAGGAGAUGUUGACCAUCGUCAAAGCGGGCGAACUGCCGGCCUUGAAACUGCCCGAGACCCAGUGGCCACUGAUCCAAAUCAUGGACCGGCUAGGCCAGACGGCCAUGGUCUCGCAAACCAUCAUCGAGGAGCCCAUGCUGGGACUGAAGAUCGAAAUUCCCGAGCUGGCCACGUCCAUCGAGUCGACCGUCGAGCCGCUCUCCACGGCCGUCGUCGAGGUUCUACCGGACGAACCGAGCGCAAUUGCCACUCUGGAAACCAACGAGGAAACCGUCCCUGAAUGGAGAAAAGCCAAGAAGAAGAAGAAUCUCCAAUUUAUCGAAACCCCCCUGACCCAAGAAUCCCAACCUUUGAACCGUGAGCCAUCAAAAGGUCUUGUCGCGAGCGUCAAACAAUUGGCAGAAGAAGAAAAAGUAACGACUAAAACAUCGACCGAGGCUGUAUCACUGAAAAUGAGUAAAGUGAAAAAAUCAGUUAAAGUCGAUGCUGAAAUCCAUUCUAGCAAAAAAGAAAUGAUUCCGAAAGAUGAAGUACCAGUGGUUAUCCAAUCAAGCAAACGCCAGGAAGAAUUAAUCAAUUUACCAUCUGAAGUCGUCAAAAUGACUGUUGAGCCGAAGAUUGUAACACGGGCGAACAUCGAAACAACUGAUUUAACUCCUUCCAUUACUGAUUUGACCACAAAAACAACUCAGAAAGAAUCAUCGCCAAUUAAGACUCAAGAAACCAUUCAACUAGAACCAACUAAAAAAACGGAAGUGGAAAUUACAUCCGAAGCUGCUAAGCCGCUGAAAAAAGCCAAGUCAGUUCCGAAACGAGAAUUGGCAACAUUUGAAGUGGAAAAAGUUACACUUAAACCCGUCAAGAGACAAUCUGUUUCAGCAGAAGAGAAAGAUGAAAAAGAAAUCACAAAGGAAUUAUCGGUAGUCAAGGUAAAGUCAAUAUCGCGCGAAGAGUUACCUGACGUGCAGAUGGAACGAGUUAAUGCAGGUAUCGAACUAAAGAAGAAAUCCAUUGCUACUAAACCAUUCGACAAGGAAUCGAUACAACAACGUCCGGAGGCAACUCCGUUUCAACAAGAGUAUCAGAUCGAAAGCAUUCGAAAAGAUCAACCUGAAGCGCCAACACAUACCUCCGAAAUGUUGCUCAAGAACGUUGCAGUGGUCGAACAGAAAAAACAAACUAUUGAACCACUGAAUUUGAAAUCUGUCCACUCAAUAGAACCUGCUUUAGUAACGAGGCCGUCACCUCAGUUGGUUGAAGAUGUAGUGGAAGUAUCCAAUAUUGAAAUCAAGAAGAAACCAAAAGUUAGAAAGGCUGAAAUAAGUUUAGCGUCAGAAUCUGUCGUCGCAGAGCAACCUGGCACAACUGCGCAAUUGGAACUAAAGGCUGAAAUGACUUUACCAUUUGAUAUCCAGCCAGAAGAAACUAAAUCGGUGAAAAUUGAGCCGGUUCAGGUGUCAGAAGAUGUCAUUCCAGCCAAAGAUAUUGAAAUCAAGAAAAAAUCAAGAAUCCGAAAGACCGAAAUCAGUUUAGCCUCAGACUCUGCGCCAACUGAACAAGUGGAAACCGUUGAGCCGUUGAAAAUUAAAUCUGAAAUCACGCUGCACACAGAUAUCAAACAUCUUGAACCUGUGCCAGUGAUGGCAGAAUCCGUUACUGGCCAAGAAACUUCUGUUAAACAUACAGUUAUAAAAAAGAAACCUCAGAUAAAAGCAAAACAGCAAUUGGCACAUGAAAUUUUCACCGCACAGCAACCAGAGGAAACGGAGCAGUUGGAAUUGAAAACAGAAAUAAUGGUGCCGUCUGAUGCAAAACCGGAAGAAUUCAAACAAGAAAUGGCAGAGCCCGAACAAGAGAUUGUCACGAUCGUUGAGAAGAAGAAGAUACCAAGAGUUAAAAAAUCUGAAAUCAGUUUUGCGCCCGAAUUAGGCUCCAUUGAGCAACCUGAAAUCACGCAACUUUUAACUCUAAAAUCUGAUCUUACUUUAACUUCUGAUAUCCAACCUGAACCAAGAGAGUCGGCUCAAGCGAUCACAGAAAUUUCCACGGUGGUCGAAAUCAAGAAAAAACCAAGAACUAAAAAGUCUGAGAUAUCAGUAGUGCCUGAGUCUGUUGUUCAUCAGCCGGAAACAGAGCACCCUUUGACACUUAAAUCCGAGUUUACAUUGGCUUCCAAUAGCCAGCCAGAUGAGAUUAAACCUUUGAUGACUGAAUCGAUUAAGGUUAUUCAAGAUAUCACCAAAGAAGUUGAAGUGAAAAAGAAACAAAGAAGUCAAAAGUCCGAAAUCAGUUUAGCACCUGAAUCCUUCCUUGUCGAAAAGUCUGAGAAAGUCGAACCUUUGGAAAAGAAGAAGAUCAAACCCUUAAAGGUUGAAUUCUUGGAAGAAGAACUUCCUGGAAAACCCCAAGAGACAAAACCACUGCUCAUUAAGCGCAAAGACUCCUCUGAUUUCCAGACUGAAAAACGGCUUGUUGCGCAGCAAACGACGACAGAUACAACUUUAGAGAGCCAAGAAGAUAAGACCCACCAGUCUGAAAUGACGCUGGAAUCAUUGUCAAAGCCAAAAGUUUCAAAAUCUAUUCUUAAAAAAGUGUCGAUUACAGCUGAAGCACUACCACAGCAAACCAGCACAGAUAUUGUUAUUGAAACAAAGUCAUUAAAACGUGCGACUGCUGAAAUGGUUUCUGCAGUCGAUCAACCUCAAAUGGUAACUUUGAUUCCACAAGAACCUACAAGGCAGAUCGAACACUCAGAAACAUCGAAGUUUACUUUGGUGCGCCAAAAACAGCCUGAAGUGGCAACCACCAAAAUUGAACCCAUUGAAUCGCUUGUCACGAAUAAACAAGAUAUCCCACAAGAUAUUUCCGUUCAAACUAAGCUGAGGAAAACAAAAACAACGGUUAUAGACGACAGCACGAAAAUGCAAACCAUCAACAUAACUCAAGCCCAAAUGAACAUUGGUGAAACGACAUCGUCUUCGGUAACCGUAAUGGAUUUGAAGCGGCCAGAAGAGCCUCAAGAAAGUGUAGUACCAAAUACUAAGAUAGAAGAGGUUCCAGCGCAAAUUAAAUUAAAGAAGAAAAGCAUAACAACGGUUGUUCAAUCAACGAGCCAAAAAGAAGUAUCGGAAUUGCCACUUCAGCGCUGUGAUUUACCCGAAAAACCAGCAGAACCAAUCACGCAGAUCGAAACGACUAAGAUAGAAUUGAAGCGACCCAAAGAAUCAACUAAAAAAGAAGUUCCUGAAGUUAAAGAAAUUUCAGCACCCGUUCUCCCAGGAAUGUCAAUUGCGACAAUAUCAAAGAAGCGAGAUGCUCCCACAGAAGUGACUGUGGUUACCUUCGAACACCCAAAAGAAACUUCUGCCAUCGUCCCAGACGUAGAAGUCGAAACAGCUACUCAAGAAUUCACGAUUCAAGCCAAGUCUGAACAGACGAUCCAGCCAGUGGAAGUUGAAACUUUCAACAUUUCUUUGAGUUCGAAAGUGAUGGACACUGAACCGUUAGAAACUGCACAGAUGGAAGAAUCUGCAGUUAUCAAGAAGAGUAAAGAGACGACAGUCAAGAGGAAAUCCAAAAAAGUGUCUCGAGAACAUCGAGAAGCUACACCGGUUGCACCGCUGGUUCCAGCCGAAUUCAGCGAGGUGGUGAAUCCGACUUUAGAACAGGUCGUGGUGGACGAGUGUCGGCCGUUGAACGAAGAAUAUGCCGAACUCCGAUUUCCAGAAACUCAGAAGGCGACCGUCGUGCAACAGGCAAUGCCUCUUGAUUCCAGCGGUGAUUUUUCAGCCAUUAAAUUGCCUAGUUUUGUGUCAGCAAAGCCUAAACUAGACGUCCAAGAGGGCUUGCAGUGUGAAGAGAUCCAGGUUAUUCCUUUCCAGUCAGCUAUGAUAUCCAAAAAAGCAGAAGCUGUUUCAGCAUGCGUCGAGAUGGUAUCAUCAUUUCCGUUAGAAGUGGGAGAAAUUCAGACCUUCAACAAACCGGAAAAGUACGUCCCGGCCUUGUUCGUCGCCACUGAAAAAGCUCGACCUCGCCUUACUACUGAGAGCGCUCUAAUUACCACGGAAACUAGGGCCCCAGAGAGAGAAGGAUCCUACACUGCCGGCCGAUUACCACCAACCCAGCAAGCCAACGUUGCCUUGUCUCUUCGAGAAUCGGCAUCCAUCGGUUUGGAUCGUCUCCACGAAUCAGAAUGCGCCCUUGCAAUCGACCGGACACGAGAGACAGCCACCACUGCCAUAGAACCUAUUCAUUCAAUCGUGGCUGUUGUAAAUAGACCCGAGUCCCAAUUGACCGCCGAAGAAUUGCUUCGGCAACCAGAGUCAAUCAAACAGGUGGGCAAAAUGUCCAUCAUUCCCCACGAAUCGGUAGUUCGCGACGAAACACACACGACCGAAAGAGAAGUCAGCGGAGUCGUCAAGCUCCCGAUUUCUGCCAUGGAACGAGCCGAACCCGUCAUGGUGACUUCGAAGAGCUUGUCCGUUCACACGCAACAACCUUACCAGUCUGGAGAGGUUUUAGAAUUGUCGUCUGUUAUUCCUUCGUCAAAGACGGCCAAGAAAGUCCAGGAAGUCAAAGAAACAGUUUCAUCUUACCAGGUGGUGGUUGACGAAGCGACGGGCAGUGUAGAAGAGACUAAGACACCAGCCGGCCAGGAGGCAACAACUGGUUGUGUCGCACUGGAAUCGGCGGCGACCACACAAAAAAUCACCUACGAAUCGGAAGGAGAUUGGACUGAAGCGGACCGUCUUCCAUCACUUCCAGCUCCAAAAUCAACGAUGGAAGCAUUUUCAGUCGCCCAGACUGAUUCUACCGUAUCUGUCGAUAAAGAAUCUGCAUUAACGCUGCCCGUUCUGCCGGAAACGAACCAAGCCAGUUCUAAGCUGGAUUCGUUCAUGAUGUUACCCCGGGUAUCCGCGGUUGACACAUUCCAGGGAACAGAACCAUUCGCCCAACCAGUAGUCGCUUUAGAAAUGCCCAAGGUGGUUGGGUCAGCAGGCCAAUCUCUUCCAUCCAUCCAGCAAGUUUACGUCGAAGAAGCGACUGCUAAAUUCAAGCCAAAGUCUAGUCCGGAUGCCAAACAAGCAACUCAAAUCCACGACGAAAACGGCCAAUCUUCAGCUCAGACGGGCGAGACGUGGACUCACGAGAGUGUAAUUGACACUUUACCUGUUUUGGCAACUAGCGACCAAGCUCAAGUAUCCCUUCAGCCUCAUUUGGCCGUAGUCCAACUGUCCGUUGUCCCUUCUUCGGCGGGAGACAUUUUCAAAGAAGAAACACCCCUGUUACAAUCCGCCAAGACUGAUUUGGUUCCCCUUCAAAGUAUUGCAUCUUCCCAUCAGACCCCAUCGCAUGAGAGAGAAGGCCAGAUCCUUAGCCAUCCAACCAUCCCAGCCCUCACGGCCUCCCUGUCCGUCCAAAAUCCAAUGGAGAGUUCGGUAACCCAAGAGAUUCAAACAGGUUUCAAGGAGCAGUUUCUUCCUCAAUUCAGCCGACCAGAGCUGGACAUGGCCAGCUUCACUGUUACGGGUGACAAUCGAUCACUGUUGCCUGUCACGGCCGAGGUAGGUAGCGAUGAGUGUCUAGCUACUUACGUAGUCGUUCCGGUUCCUACAGCGGAGUCCCGCCUGAUCCACGAUGUCCAGCAGUCCAUCCGGGUGAUGGCCAACGAGCCGGUGGAGAGAGAGGUCGAAUUUGUAAGUGACACGAUACCCAAACAACAGACACUCACACAGACGGCACAUUUGGUCACCAGCGGAAGCGUCGUGACCAGUGAAGUUAGACCGGAACAGAUGCCAAGCACGUUUCAGCAACCCAUCAGUGAUAUAAUUCCGCAGGCUUCCCAAGCCUGCCGCGUUCUUGCCCAGCCUACAAUCCAACCUAUUACUCUUACAGAGACGGCCACGAGCGAGAGCCUGGCCCCCAUGCAGACUCAGCGGCCGGUUGAAUCCAAAGCGGCACUUGAACUGCCGGAACAGCUGUCGUUGUUAGUUUCUCUGCAUCAGCUGGUCGAGCAGGAGACGGUGCACCCUGAUCAGCUGACUCCACAAAAGCAGCAAGGCAAAGUGAAAUUGGCUACUAGAGAAGCCCUCGUCACGGAUCAGCAACAGCAAGUCCAGCAUGGUUCCGAUUAUCAAGUGGUAAAACCUACUGCAGUCUCACUUGAGGCAAAGAUUGUCCCCAGUAACCAAGGUAAAGCUGCUCAAGUCACUGAAACUCAAACGGGUUCUUUUGCCGGCCAACUGCAAACGGCCGAACGAGUCGAAGAAACAGCACAACUUUUACUGGCCUCUAUGGAAACCGCUACUGUCAGCCAUGUGUGGGACUACCGAAAAGAAGCCGAUUGGGUUCCCGCUUCCGUUCAGCCGGCCAAAAAGACGGCUCAAGCCGUCACAAUGUCCGAUCUACGCUCCGUUCAAGUAGAACAGACACAAACCGUUGAAGCUGAAGGCCAGCUUAAUGUUGCCAAAGCCGUGAUGGCGGAUUCAACAUCUUCCGUGACAUCGAUGCUGGAAACGCCAUCUCUUUACUCGACGCAAGUCUUCCAAAAAGAGGAACCCCUUGAAGAAUUCGUAGCUGGCCAGAGCCAGUCUGCCCGUCCCGUUUCCCCAACCAAGAAACAAACUGUCCAAAUCUCUGAAGUCCAAACUAGCAUCCACGAAAGUCCCCUAGAUCUAAAGCGCCCCGUAGAGCAGACGGCCAAGGCCAGUAUCCCUCAAUCGGAGGUAGUAGUUAAAAGAGAAGAUAUUGUCAUGGAUUACGUCCUUCCCCAGAAAGAAUUGCCCAUCGAAUCAGCUACACCUAGUGUCAGUUUUACCGAACAACGCGCAGUAUCUGUUGGUCACGUCGUCGAAUCCGGAAUUCAGUCCGGUCUAGCGGCCGAUUUGAAACCGGAAGAGAAAACGGCCAUCAGACUCAUUCCUGAACACGUUCAGACGGCUGUGGCCAGCGUCCAAGUGGCUUACAAAGAAGGGUUAAUGGACGACUUCGUCACCGCCCAAAGCCAGACGGCCACCACCAAGAUGGACAAAAAGCGAACGGUGGUCGUUUCUGAAGUUCAAUCGGAGCUCAGCGAAAUCCCAUUAGAAAAUCAAACGAGGACGGCCAAAUUUGCCGUGCCUAGCCAACCUAUUCAGGAGGCACCUGUCACCCAAGAAGUAACCAUUAUGGAUUUCACUACACCUAAAACAAUGGACAAUGUUAUUCAAGAAAGAUCCACCGUCAACGUUACCGAGCAGCGAGCCGUCUCCGUUCAGCAAGUCGUUGAAGGAUCGACCACUACCGAGCUUGUUCCAGAAGUCACUAAAAAAACCAAAAAGGCGACCAGAGCUCAGCUGGAAAGGACGGAAAUUAGUGUGGGAGACGUUCAGGUGGCAUUCAAAGAAGCCCCGCUUGAAGAGUUCAGUGCUGGACAAACGCAGUCAGCCCGUCUGGUGAAGGAAGAACAGCGAACAGUCCAAAUCAGUCAAGUUCAAACUGAAAUGAAGGAAGAGCCAUUAGAAAUUGCGGCACCUGUCAGCAAAACGGCGGUUUCCAGCGUUCCAGAAAAGCAAACGGUGGUCAUCAGUCAGGACGUUCUGAUGGACUUCACUGUCCCACAGACGGCCAAAGCUGUUGAAAGUGAAACUUCUGUCGUCGGAAUUACAGAACACCGGGCCGUCAAUGUUGCCCAAGUGGUUGAGGCGUCGAGCGAGACUCAAUUGAUUCCGGAGACGAAGCGGAAGAGCAAAAAAGCCAGUCGGAUCUUACCGGAGAAGACUGAGACUAGCGUGCUGCAGGUUGAAACGGAAGAUAAGGAAGCGCCAAUGGAAGCUUUUGUUCCAGUUCCCAGUCAACUUGCAAACGUAUCAACCGACGAGCAGAAAAUGGUCCAAGUUACUCAAGUCGUUUCUGAACAACGAGCGACACCUUUGGAAUCUCAACUUCCGGUUGGAAGAAAAGCCAAAAUGGACGUCCAAGAAGCAGUAGCACGGACAACGCAAGAACAAGUAACGUUCGAUAUGUCUGUUCCUCAAAAACCGACAACGACGGAAACUGAGACGGCCUUUGUGGUCCUUCCGGAAAAGAAAGCCUUGUCCGUCGGAACUGUCGUAGAGUCUUCCGCCGAAUUCGAAUUGACUCCACGCGCCAGACCCGAGAAAAAGACGGCCAAGGCCAGCUUCUCGCCGUCGGAAGCUAUUGUGAGCAGCCAAGACCUGUUGAUGGACACCAUUGAACACCAGGCCGAACAGAAGGUAGAGCUUGAAAAGCCGGUGGUGAAAGUAACUGAACAAUUAGCGGUUAACGUGGGCCAGGUCAUUGAUGGAUUGAAUGAAACCGAACUAGUACCGGAAGUCAAGAAAAAGACCAAAAAGGCAACUCGAGUGUUGUCAGAAAAGAACGAAACUUCCGUCCACGAUGUUCAAGUUGCUUUCAAAGAAACUCCGAUGGACGAAUUUGUUCAAGCACCAGCUCAAUUGGCCAGCAAAUCUGCGCCAGAGGAAAAACGUACCGUCCAGGUGACUGAAGUUCAAACUGGAGUCAGUACAGUACCUCUUCCAGCUGCUAGACGCCCGUCUACUGAAACCAUUAAGGCAAAACUGCCUGAAAACCAAGCUGCUGUCCAGCACGAAACGGUCGCCAUGGAUUUCACGGUACCGAAAUCAGUGGCUACUGUAAUAGAAGAAACACCUACUGUGAGUGUCACAGAGCAAAGGGCCGUCUCAGUCGGUCAAGUCAUUGAAGGACUGACUGGAACCGAACUUGUUCCGGAAGUCAAGAAAAAGACCAAAAAGGCGACCAGAGUUUUACCCGAGAAAAUGGAAACUAGUGUCAGUGGCGUUCAGCUGGCCUUCAAAGAAGCUCCGAUGGAAGAUUUCACUGCUGGACAGAGCCAAACUGCCGUUCCAGUUGCCGAUGAGCGAAAAACAAUCGAAAUCAGUCAAGUGCGAUCGGAAAUCAAGGAGCAAAUUUUGGACAUUAAAAAGCCAAUCAGCGAAAGGGCAAAAACCAACUUACCCGAAGUAGAAACGGCCGUCGUCACUCAAAACAUUGUGAUGGACUACACUGUACCUCAGACGGCCAAGGUUGUCGAGACCGAGAAACCUGUCGUCACCGUUACGGAGCAGAGAGCCGUCACUGUUUCGCACGUUGUGGAAGGCUCCAGCGAAGCGGAACUCCUUCCGGAAGCGAAACCAAAAACAAGGAAGGCCAGUCGUACUUUACCUCAGCCGAGUGAACAGAUCAGCGUGGCUCAGGUGCAGUUUACGGAAAAGGUUGACGAUUUAGAUCGGUUGCCGGUCGCAGUUCAAGCUUCCGCUCAGGAUGUUCCAGUCGUCAAAGAGGUGGUCGAUGUUGCUGAACAGAUAUUUACCAUUGCACCAGAGGAAGAGAUCAGUUUCAGUGACGAUAGCUUCCAGAGUUUGUCUUCCUCAACGUCGACAUUGAUUGAAGACACCAUGAUGACGGCCGCUAGUAGCCUGGAAGAUUUGGUGGUGGAUGUAGCCCAACUACCUGAAGUCAUCCAAGAAGAGGAAGUUGAGGCUUCUUUCGUUUUGCCAACAAGUCACGAAGAAACAGUCUCUGAAGAGUUCAGUAUCGGAUUAAAACCCAAACCAGAGCCCAAAGUUGAAUCGGAGGAAUUCCAGGCAACUCUUAAAUUAGCAAAAGAAGUGGUAGAUGUCACAGCAACGAAAAAGAUUGUAAAGAAGAAGAAGAAACCUGUUACAGAGGAUACUGAAGAGUCUGUUACCAUUCAAGCGACUAAGACUGUGGAACAAGUGGAGGAAAGUGCUGCCACUUUCAAAUUGAAACCCCAAAUUUCUCCCGAGAUCCCAGUGGAAGACGUCGAAGAGGAGUACGUCAUUAAGAAACCCAAAGAAACGGUUGCAACGGUGGAGGAAUCUACCCUUUUAACAUUGAAGAAAUCGGUUAAACCUUACCAAGUAGAAGAGAUCGAAGAUUCAGUUAAUGUAGCUUCCAUCCGCAAAGUAGAACCUGUCGCGGUUGAAGAUGUUGAACAGGGUGCCACAUUGAAACUCAAACCGGUCAAGGUAAUCGAGAGAGAGAAUGUGGAGGAGCAAUUCCAGAUCGGGUUGAAACCAGUUAAACCCAAGAAACAGGUAGAAGAUGUUGAAGAGAAGUUGACCAUCAAACCCAAACGCAAAACAUCGCAGUCGGUCGAAGAAGCUUCGGCGUCUCUAAAAGCGGUCGUACAAGCAGAAGACGUCACCUUAAAAAUGGUUCAAAAAGAAGAAGUUCCAUAUCAGGUUGAAGAGAUCGAAGAAGAGAUUCAAGUGAAACCGAUCAUUAAAAAGAAAAAGACAAAAGUCGUCACCGAAAAUGUGGAAAGUGGAGCGACGUUCAAAUUGAAAGAAACUGUCGUUGUUGCUGACGACGUGGAAGACGUCGAAGAACAAUUCCAAAUAGGUUUGAAACCCUUUAAGCCCAAGGAACAGGUGGAUGAUGUCGAAGAGAAGUUGACCAUCAAACCUAAGCGCAAAACUUCACAAGCGGUUGAAGAAGCUUCAGCGUCCCUAAAAACGAGCGUACAAUCAGAAGACGUACCUCAAGAUGUCACUUUGAAAAUGGUUCAAAAGGAAGAAGUUCCAUAUCGCGUAGAAGAGAUCGAAGACGAGUUCCAAGUUAAACCGAUCCUUAAGAAGAAAAAGAAAGUGGUCGACCAAGAUGUCGAAAGUGGCGCAACAUUGAAGUUGAAAGAGCAAGUCGUCACUGUCGAUGAGGCGGAAGAUGUCGAAGAGCAGUUCCAGAUUGGGUUGAAACCCAAGAGGAAGCCCAAAGUUCAAAUUCAAACUGACGACGUCGAAGGCGAGGCGGCCGUUACUUUGAAGCGCCCUGCCAAAACGGUGGUCAUCCAAGAAACCACCGAGGCCGCCAGUUUAGUCAUUCAGCAGAAACAGCCUGUCGAUGACGAUAGUUUGUUGACAACGACGGACCAAUCCAGCGAGUCCAUGACACAACAAUUUUCAGACAGUGGUGUCGUUUCCAUUACAGAUGUUAUCAUCCAGCCGAAGAAGACGAAAAAAUCCUACAGAGUCGAGGACGUCGAGGACGCUUUCGCCGUUCAGGCCCGCAACAUGAAGGAUAGCCUCGAAGGGGACGACGUCGAAGGUGGCGCUACUUUCAAACUGAAAACUGACUCUGAAAUGGCCGAAGACGUCCAAGAAGAAUUCAGUUUAGGAUUGAAACCUCGUCGACUUGUCAAGCCCAGCAUCUCCGUGGAAGCCGACGAAAGUCUACGAUUCAAAAUCCCAGCAAGGCCCAAGGUGUCGGCGCCGACUUUAACAGAGGACGGUAACACCCUGACCGUCGCCCGAGCGGCCACUUCAAUCCUGGCUGAUGCCGAAGAAGAGACCACAAUGCCUUUGGAGCCGCAAGAGGGCGACGAGUUCUUCUCCCUGUGCUCUUACGUUGCUGACACGGAGGAGGCCAUGAACUUGGUAGAGGGCGAAAGAGUUUACGUUCUGGAAUGGCACAACUCUGACUGGUGGUUCGUACGCAAACACCUGACGGAAGAGACGGGCUGGGUUCCAGCUCAGUACCUCAAAGACGACACCAGUUACACCCACUACGUCAAGAAGAAGCUGGACGAGAAAAUCAACAAGUUACCCGUUUUCGAUUUCCCGACGGCCGACGAAACCAAAAUCCAGGCUCCGAGAUUCUUGACCAAGUUGCAGCCCGUUCGAGCACCAGACGGAAGCAGCAUCACCUUCGAAUGCCAAGUGGAAGGCUCUCCGCGUCCGGUGAUCACCUGGUUCCGGCAGACGGCCGUCAUCAAACCGUCGCUGGACUUCCAGAUGGUCUACGACGAGGAAGGUAACAUGGCCAGCCUGACCAUCGCAGAAGUGUUCCCGGAAGAUGCCGGAACGUUCACUUGCGUGGCUAAAAAUUCGGCCGGCUUUGCUUCCAGCUCUGCGGAAUUAAUUGUCGAAGCUCCGCUGUCUGACCACGGCUCCGACACGACCAUAACAUCCCGUCGGUCGCUGUCCAGAGAAUCAUCGUUGAUGGACAUCUUGGAAGGCAUCCCUCCGACCUUCUCACAACGACCCAAGACCAAAACAGUCGACGAAGGUACGGACGUUGAAUUGGAAUGCCGUUUGGUGGCCGUUCCGGAACCCGACGUGGCCUGGUUCCACAACGGCAAACGGAUCAAGCCCAGUGAUCGGAUCGCCCUGUUGGGGCAGUCUGACGUCCACAUGUACUGCAGCAUCAUCCAGAUCAAGGACGUCCAGAUGGCCGACGAGGGCACAUACGACAUUAUCGCCCGCAACCGGGAAGGUGAAGCCGUCAGUCACGUCGUCCUCAACGUCAAAGUCAAAGGCGCUAAAAAAGCUCCACCGCAAGUGGAACAGCCGCUGAAAAAUGCCACCGUCCAGAUCGGAAAUCCAGUCACAUUGACAGCCAAAGUCACCGGAAUUCCUACUCCGGUCGUCAAGUGGUAUCGCAAUGGCGUCGAGAUCCAGACCAACGUGAAGACGGACGAAAGGGGCAUCUCCACAUUAACCAUCGCUGCUGCCCAGCCAGAAGAUGACGGCGAUUACAUGCUGAACGCUGAAAAUGAACACGGGCAGGUCCAAACGUCCGCUACUUUAACAGUCCAGUUACCAUCGAAGCUCCAGUUCGUCGAAAAAUUCAAAGACAUGUCCGUCGAGGAGGGAGAACCUUUCGAAAUGAAAGCGACCUUUACGGUGGUUCCGGCCGAAGUGGCCUGGUACCGCAACGGCAAGCGUUUGAAGGCGACCAAAUCGCUGAAAAUCACGUCGGACGGAUUGAUCCACACGCUCCAGUUGUCCAGCGCCAGCGUCGAAAAAGAGACGGGCGAAUACAAAUGCGUGGCCAGCAACUCCAGCGGAAUCAAAGUCUCCCACACGGCCAAUGUCAAAGUCGAGUGCAAUAUUUUCGUCCAGCCACUGGAAGACGUUGAAGUCGAUGCCGGAUCGGAUGUCGUUUUACUUUGCCGCACCAAAGAGCCCACCGAGGUGAUUUGGUACCGCAACGACGUCCAGCUGCCUCCGCUUUUGCCGGGCGGCGACGGUCCGGUCCAGGAGAGUAGAGAUAGAGAACAUAAGUUGACGAUGCGAAGGGUGGGAAAGAAGGAGACGGGUCGUUACAGCUGCACGUUCGAGAAUCAAUCGACCGCUUGUGUUUUCACAGUCAGGGCCGAGCCGGCGCAUGAGUUCACCGCCAAGAUCAAGGAUCUGGAGAUCAAGGAGCGCCAGCCGGCCGUCUUCACGGCCGAGGUCUCGGACGAGAAGGCCCAAGUCACUUGGCACAAGGACGGAGAGCCUCUCGACCAGACCAACACGGAGCGCUACGAAUUCGUCUCAGAGGCUCUCAAGAGGAGCUUCACCAUCCGCAGCGUCACCCUGCAGGACGAAGGCGAGUAUACUUGCUCGCUGGCCGAACAGGAAUGCACGGCCGAGCUGGUUGUCAUCGAGCUGCCACCCGAGAUCACCCUGCGCCUCAAAGACGUGACGGUCCGUCGCGGCGAAGAGGCCAGCUUCGAGAUCGAGUUGACCAAAGGCGACGCCAAGAUCCAGUGGUUCCGCAACAGUGAAGAAAUCCAGCUCUCCGAGCAUAUCCAGCUGGCCAUCGACGGUAAGCGCCAACGGCUAGUCAUCUACGACUCCGGACCGGAAGAUGCUUGUGAGUACUCUUGCGUCAUUGGGGAUCAGAAAUCCGCCGCCCAGCUCACCGUCUUGGCGCCCAGAGUGAAUUUUGUGGCCAAACUGCCAGAGGUGGUGGCCGCUCCCAUGGGCCAGGACGUGACGUUCACCGUCCAGCUGACUGGCGAGGAAGCCGACGUCACCUGGAUGAAGAACGGAGAAGUCGUGGUCGAGUCCGACCGAAUCAAACUCAUCCGAGACGGCUGUGCCCGGUCUCUGACCAUCACCAAAGCCACCAUCGGGGACAGUGCCGAGUACACUUGCGUCCUGGAGGCCAUGAAGACGGUGACCGUGCUGACGGUCGAGGUGCCCAAAGUGCCGCCCAGUAUCCCCAUCGACCAGGUGCACGCCGAAGUGUGGGUCCGUCGCGGAGAGGACGCCGUCAUCGAGAUCCCAUUCAACGGGUUCCCGACGCCAAAGGCCGAAUGGACUUUCAAGGGCAAAGCCAUCAGGAAGACCAAGAAAUCCGUGUACACCAUCAGUGAAACUUCCGCCACGCUCACUCUCAAGUUGGUCGAUGAAAACGAGGCCGGCGUCUAUACCUGCAAGCUGUCCAACGAGUGUGGCGACGUCAGCGUGUCCGUCACUAUCAAACUGAUGGAAAAACCGUGCAGUCCCAGCGUGCCAGAAUGUCUGGAGACGGCCGACGAUUCCAUCACCAUCAUGUGGAAACCUCCCGGCUACAACGGUGGCUCUACGAUCAUCAACUACAUCGUCGAGUACCAGGAGAAACAGACCAAGAAAUGGAUUACGGCCAACAAAGAUGUCGUCAUCACCGAGACCACUUACAUGGUCACCAAACUGACGCACAACACCGAGUACAGGUUCCGCGUGACGGCCGUCAACACCGUAGGACCCGGAACACCGUCCAGCGAGUCGCUGCUGUACAAAGCGGCCAAAGCGGCCAUCCCAGAAGCUCCAGUCAUCCGAGAGCCUCUGAAGGACCUGACAGCCGGCCUGAAAGAAACUGCAACGCUAUCUUGCAUCAUCGUUGGUGUACCACAACCAACUCUGAGGUGGUUCAAAGACGACGACGAAUUCGUACCCAAAUCUUCGUCGUACGAAAGCGGAUUGGCCCGUCUGAUCUUGAACAACACCAACGAAGAAUCAGCCGGCCAGUACAGCUGCCGAGCAUCCAACGACAGCGGUUCCUGUGAGUGUAGCUGCACCUUGAUAAUCCAGGAGGCUCCCAAAAUCGUUCCGGAGAAGAAGACUAAAGUCUACCGCUUGCAAAUCGAAAAGCAAUGGUCCAUUACGGCCAAAAUAACGGGCUUGCCACGACCCGAUGUCACCUGGACCAAAAACGGGGCCAGCAUCGAAGGAAACACGCACUACAUCGCCGACGUCGAAACCCAGUCCUCGACGGCCUGCUCCACCACUCUGACCAUCAUCAACACCGAAAGGACGGACACGGCCAAAUACACUCUGACUGCCACUAAUGUGGCUGGAACAGUCACUCACGACGUCACUUUGAAGAUCAGCGACAAACCGAGCAAGCCUCAAGGACCACUAGUGGCCAAGGAGGUGGAUAAGACGUCGGCUACGAUGGAAUGGAAGCCUCCGAUGGAUGACGGUGGCAUAGAACUCAAGGGCUACAUCGUCGAGUACAGCGAAAUCUUCACAGAGCAAUGGAAACGGGUGGAGGAGCUCUCUGCCAACACCAUCUGCCACGUACAGAAUUUGACUGAAGGAUUGGAAUACGUAUUCCGCGUGAGUGCCGUUAACGACGUCGGCACCAGCGAGCCGUUGGAUACCGGAGCCCCGGUGUUGAUCAAGUGUCAAUUCGACACGCCGUCGGCACCUCGCGGCCCACUGGAAUUCUCGGGCAUGACGGAUACAUCGUUGGUGCUCCACUGGUUCCCACCGGCCAGCGACGGAGGCUCUCCGCUGACGGAGUAUCUCGUUGAGCGUCGCGAAGUGUCCAAAAAGGCCUGGCAGAAGGUGGGCACCACCGACGGCAAGACGACACACAUCGAGGCCCUCGGUCUCAAGCAGGGAACAUCCUACAAUUUCAGAAUGACGGCCCAGAACCAGCUGGGAUACGGGCCGGCCUUCACGCCCGAGGAUGUCAUCGUUGCUGGAAAACGAAUCACUCCUCCGUCACCACCGAGCAAUUUGCAAGUGGCGGACAUCACCAGCCGAUCGGUGACGCUGCAGUGGGCCCCUCCCAUAUCAACGGGCGGUGCUGAGUUGACCGGCUACAUCAUCGAGAAGAUGUUGAGUGGAACGGACAAGUGGGAAAAGGUUGUGACACUCGACCCAUCCGUCACUGUCCACUGCAUUCAAAAUCUCAAGGAGCGAUCAGAGUUCUUCUUCCGCGUCCUCACCGAAAACCCGAUGGGCCUUUCGGCUCCGGCCGAGACCGGGAAGGUUGCCCUCAAGACCCACGCCACCGUCCCGUCGCCACCCACGUCUCCGCUGGAAGUGCGGCCGGUUGGACCCAACUCGAUCAUCGUCGAGUGGGGCAUUCCAGAGAGCGACGGCGGAGCUGCUAUCGAUGGCUACAUCGUCGCCGUACGCGACAGCCGCAAAACCAUGUGGAUGGAAGUCGGCCAAGUUGGAGCCGACACCACCCGCCUCAUCGUCAAAGACAUGCAGGAGGGUCACAAGUACUACGUCCGAGUUUUCGCCCGAAACGAAGUGGGUCUCAGCGAACCACUAGAAACCGAAGAACCGGUGAAAGUCAUUCGACCACCAGAUUACCUCGAACCGGGCAUAGCCGGCCCGGCUCACAAGGACCCAACAGCGUCGCUGAGUCUCAGCACGGAAACGCUCUCGUCGUGGAUGCGCGACGCAAACAUGGAUGCCGAUAUCCGCAUCUACUCGCGCUCGUCCCUCCUCCGCCGGGACGAAUACUUCUUCCGUGUCUGGUACUACUCCCGACAACUCUUCAAAUAAAAAAUAAAAACACCAGAGUCAAUGCCACACGUUCAACGAGCUGACACCAUCUGGUGGUCGAUAGAGAAUUGGUGUACAUAUUAAGAAAAGAAUAUUGAAAAAAGAACACAACCGUUAAGCUUGAAUAAUCUUUCUUCUUGUCUGAAAUUAGCUAAUCUAACCCUCACUGCCAAUCUCAAGCAACAACACUAUCAUUGAAAACAUUAAAAAAUUUAACCUUGAAGUCAUUUAGACGUUGUUAUAUGUGUAAAAAAAACAAAAGCCGCGUUCAAUCACUCAAAACAAAAUCAAGUAAAUCAAAUAAUACCUGUAAAUGGCGAGUUGGAAAGGGGGAAAGAAGAAGAGAUUUGACGUUUCUCUCUCUUCUGGUCGAUAUCGUGUGUCCACCCAGUGCAAAGCCUCCCAGUGGAGGGCGACGGUCACUCUCUCCAUCUUUCUCUCUCUUGCUCUCAUAAAUACGGGUCCAUUUGUAAAAACAACGCUGUGAUUUUGACGCGCCUUCUAUAUACUAGCUUGUUAUUAGCCAAUCAACGAAAAAGAAAUAUGAAAAAAACAUUGAAAAAACCCAUCUGUGAUGUUAUCUCCCACCACCUUACAUAAUAAUAAUUAAAAAAUAUCGACAACAGAAACCAAAGAAAAGGAAAAUCGGCAAAAAAAAUGUGGAAUAUGCUUCGCUGUUUUUAGUUUUCGUUUUGAUUCUUCUUCUUAUUUCUGAUUUGCUUUCAUGCUUUGACAUUUUUAGACGUAUAUGUAAACAUAUAUCGAGUUAUUGACCCUAUAUACAGUAUAUUAUUAUUACCCGCCUCCCCCAAAUAAUUGUGGACAAUAUAAGGAAAGCUGGGGUUCUUUGCCUUUAAAUAAACGUUUCGUUUGCCACUUCAA